ACUGCGCACAUAGUACAGAUGACCAGAGACUGCGGACAUACUACAGAAGAUGACCAGAGACUGCGGACACAGUACAGGAGAUGACCAGAGACUGCGGACACAGUACAGGAGAAGACCAGAGACUGCGGACACAGUACAGGAGAUGACCAGAGACUGCGGACACAGUACAGGAGAUGACCAGAGACUGCGGACAUACUACAGGAGAUGACCCGAGACUGCGGACACAGUACAGGAAAUGACCAGAGACUGCGGACACAGUACAGGAGAUGACCAGAGACUGCGAACACAGUACAGGGGAUGACCAGAGACUGCGGACACAGUACAGGGGAUGACCAGAGACUGCGGACA